CCUGGAGGGAAAACAAGGCGGAAGUUAGCCGGACGACCCUGAGACAAAAAAACGCCCGCUUGCCCGAUUUUACUCGAGUAAAAAAACAUUAAAAAUGUUAAAAGUGUUGGUCAGGGAACGACUGAUGGCGGCGGCGGAUGAAAUAUUCGCGCUGUUGGGAAAAACGAUCUCUUCGUACGAGGAGGAACUUUCCAGAAGCAAAGAGGAGAACGAGCGCCGUCGACAACACUUAGAAGCAGUUUGCAAGAGUGGAAGUGUGCUACAAAUUGAGGACGUCCAGCAGAUGAUUGUUCCUCAAGAACAACGUCCACCCUUACCUCAGGAGGGGAGCUCCACUUUGGAGCGGGUGCGUCCACAGCCCCCCCUCAUUAGCCAGGAGGGACUCUGGGUCAUCGGGGAGGAAGAGCGCCUUCUCGGGCCGAAGGAGGCUGAUCUCACCAAGUUGCCUCUGACUGUUGUCUCUGUGAAGAUAGAAGAGUAUGAAGACGAAUCACAAGCGGACGACCUCUCGGCGCCGCUGUCGGAUCAUAACGAAAUGUCGCACUCGACUGACGAGGAAGACAUCAACAACACCCGGGAACCGUCGAGCAGUGAUACGGACUGUGGAGAUGUCCAUCAGAUGAGUGGCCAUCACGAACGCCCCCCUCAACCACAGUGGGACGGCUUCACGUUGGAGCAGGAGGUUCAAGAGCCCGUCCACUUUAAAGAGGAAGAGGAGGCCCUUUGGAUCAGUCAUGAUGGAAACCACUGUGGAGGAUCAUAUGACGGGGCCAAGCUACCGCAAAGUGCUGCAGAGAAGCAGAGGCGCUAUCGUGCUCGGCGGGACGCCGACCCGGUGAGGAGAGAGAGAUAUUUAAAGAGAGAAAAAGAAAAAUACAAGACGGACGUAGAAUCAGGCAGGAGGAAACGGAUCGACGAAGUGGGUCGUAAAGAAAAGCACAGAAGACGGCAAAAGUGGAGAGAGACGUACCACAGGACGAAGGGAAGGAAAGAAGGUGUGCGUCACCUCGUCACGGCGCCCGGCUAUCACCAGUGCAAGCUGCAGAACCACGACCAAGCACUUCCAGGGAAUAUAAUCAGCGACGGACAAAUGUAUUGGAAUUUUCCAGGAAAUAUGAGGAAAAUGGAAAUGUUAACGACACCGACAAGAGGAAGCGGAACAACAGAGUUUCACAUAGUUUGAUGAGCGGAGUGUAAGAAACUCAAAAACCAAAAACUGUUCCUUUAGGACACAGUGGAACGUUUACAUGACAUUUUGGAUUUAAGACCAAAGUUAUUUUCUGUCUGCUCCGACCUUUUUUGGAUUGUUCAACCAAAUUUUGAGAGACGGAGACACGCACACGGUCUAA